UUGAAGGCGGGGAUGGCGGGCGCGCAGUACGUGCCGCCGGGCGCGGGGCUGGACGCGUCGCUGUCGCUGCUGGAGGCGGAGAGCAGCCCCGGGGCGGCGGCGGCGGGCCCGGAGGAGCAGGAGGAGCUGCCCAUGGUGUUCCUGUGCGCCGGCUGCAAGCGGCCUGUGGGGGACACGCUGGGCUGGGUGGCCAACGACGAGGAGACCGGCUGCGUCCUGCUGCGCAGCGCCUCCCCCAACGUGUCGGUGGAGAAGGAGCAGAAACUCUCCAGCCGGCCCGGCGAGUGCGGAUGCAUGAUUGAAACUUUAUUCUGCUCUGGCUGUUCAAUGACCCUUGGGAACAUCUACAGAUGCACCCCAAAACAUCUUGACUAUAAGCGAGACUUAUUUUGCUUCACUGUUGACUCUAUUGAAAGUUACAUCCUAGGAUCCUCAGAAAAACAAGCUGUAACUGAUGAUGAACCUUUAACUCUUGAAAGUCGAGCUGGCUUAGAAGAGGCAAUAGAAAGGGCAGAAACCAUACUGAAAGCACUAGAGGCAAGAUUGUCUGUAGUUGAAUCAAGUUUUGCAUCACGUCAUAAUAACUGAAAGAAACUUCAUGUAUGUAGCUGAUUACUGGGAACACUUCAUGGAAAGCUUGCUUUCAUAAUCUCCAGAAUCUGUUGGAUUGCUGCAGAAGCCUUCCAGUGAAUAGCACAAAAGCUUCAUCAGUCUUUCUAAUGGAAUAAAACACUGACUUGUGGGAUGAUGUACGUAAAAUUAAAAUAUUCCCUUCUGCUGACAUCCAUGCUACUAAUAUAUUUGGUAUAUAUGUUUUUCUGUCUCCCUGCCCAGGCUCUGGGCAACUUCUACUUAAAAGGGUAGUUAAAUAGGUUCUGAAGCUGACUAGUGCUGUUUGGAUUUCAGCAGGCAUGACUAGUAUCAUGGUAUAACUUGGGUAGCCCUUUUGCCAGUAUCUGAGAGAGUCAUCCAAAAUUAUCUGCUGAACUGACAUCUAUUCAAUUUCCUAAAACUAAAGUAACAAGCUAACCCUGAACUUUCUUGGAGAAAUGAUGAUUGAAUUGUUCAUCAUUUUAUUUUUACAGCCUUUCCUUGACUUGUGCUGCUAGGCAUUGAGCAGUAGGAUUUAAAUGUAGCAGGUUCUGCAUUCUAGCCUUGGAUCAGCCAGAAUUUAUUAACUUUUUCUUUACUGGAGACUUAAAAAAAAAAAAAAACACAACAGACUUUGCAUAGAACAUCUUGGGGGAAAAAAUGCAGUUAUUGUGAAGCUUAAAAAAAUAUUGUGAAUAGCCCUUCAACCUUGUUUGAGAUGAAGAACAAGUUAAAAAUGUAUGCUUAAAUAUAAGCUAAACUUAAUACAUUUAGUUAAGUGCUCUAGUCUGAGUGUUACCUGGUUCUGAUAUCGUUUUUGUAAUUGUUUGAUUUUUAUUUAAAGGCUUGUGUUCUAAUAUAUUACAAAACUUAGAAUUAGUUUAUAAAUUUGUUUAUGAAACCAAGAUACUUGGGCAAUCAAUGUGAAAUGUUUAAAGUCUUGUAAAUACAUUUCUAAUAAAACUAAAAAAGAAAUUA